CCCCGGCGCCGCAGGAGCCCGCCCUGCAGUGCUGAGUCCCGCGCGUCCGCCUGCCGUGCCCGCCUCCACGCGCGCCGCCUCGCAGCCUCCAGGGGACACGCCAUGACUCUGGAGGGUCUGUAUUUGGCAAGGGGCCCCCUGGCCCGGCUCCUGCUGGCCUGGUCGGCCCUGUUGUGCAUGGCAGGUGGCCAAGGCCGCUGGGACGGGGCCUUGCAGGCUGCAGGUCCUGGACGUGUGUGGAGGCGGGGCAGCCCAGGCAUCUUGCAGGGGCCGAACGUGUGCGGCUCCCGGUUCCAUGCCUACUGCUGUCCAGGCUGGAGGACAUUCCCUGGCAGGAGCCAGUGUGUCGUGCCCAUCUGUAGGCGCGCCUGCGGUGAAGGCUUCUGCUCCCAGCCCAACCUGUGCACCUGUGCGGAUGGGACGCUGGCUCCCAGCUGCGGGGUGAGCCGAGGGUCAGGGUGCAGUGUGAGCUGUAUGAAUGGGGGCACCUGCCGGGGGGCGUCCUGUCUGUGUCAGAAGGGCUACACAGGCACCGUGUGUGGGCAGCCCAUCUGUGACCGCGGCUGCCACAAUGGGGGUCGCUGCAUUGGGCCCAACCGCUGCGCCUGUGUGUACGGCUUCAUGGGACCUCAGUGUGAGAGAGAUUACCGGACGGGACCCUGCUUUGGCCAAGUAGGCCCCGAGGGGUGCCAGCAUCAGCUGACGGGCCUCGUGUGCACCAAGGCACUUUGCUGUGCCACUGUGGGCCGUGCCUGGGGCCUUCCAUGUGAACUUUGCCCUGCACAGCCACACCCCUGCCGCCGCGGCUUCAUCCCCAAUAUCCACACGGGGGCCUGCCAAGAUGUGGAUGAGUGCCAGGCUGUGCCAGGCCUGUGCCAGGGAGGCAGCUGCGUCAACAUGGUGGGCUCCUUCCAUUGCCGCUGUCCAGUUGGACACCGGCUCAGUGACAGCAGCACUGCAUGUGAAGACUACCGGGCCGGCACCUGCUUCUCAGUGCUCUUCGGGGGCCGCUGUGCUGGAGACCUCGCCAGCCACUACACUCGCAGGCAGUGCUGCUGUGACAGGGGCAGGUGCUGGGCGGCUGGCCCGAUCCCUGAGCUGUGUCCUCCUCGGGGCUCCAAUGAAUUCCAGCAACUGUGCGCCCAGCGGCUGCCGCUGCUACCCGGCCACCCUGGCCUCUUCCCUGGCCUCCUGGGCUUCGGAUCCAAUGGCAUGGGUCCCCCUCUUGGGCCAGCACGACUCAACCCCCAUGGCUCUGAUGCGCGUGGGAUCCCCAGCCUGGGCCCUGGCAACUCUAAUAUUGGCACUGCUACCCUGAACCAGACCAUUGACAUCUGCCGACACUUCACCAACCUGUGUCUGAAUGGCCGCUGCCUGCCCACGCCUUCCAGCUACCGCUGCGAGUGUAACGUGGGCUACACCCAGGACGUGCGCGGCGAGUGCAUUGAUGUAGACGAAUGCACCAGCAGCCCCUGCCACCACGGUGACUGCGUCAACAUCCCCGGCACCUACCACUGCCGGUGCUACCCGGGCUUCCAGGCCACGCCCACCAGGCAGGCAUGCGUGGAUGUGGACGAGUGCAUUGUCAGUGGUGGCCUUUGUCACCUGGGCCGCUGUGUCAACACAGAGGGCAGCUUCCAGUGUGUCUGCAAUGCAGGCUUCGAGCUCAGCCCUGAUGGCAAGAACUGUGUGGACCACGACGAGUGUGCCACCAGCACCAUGUGUGUCAACGGCGUGUGUCUCAACGAGGAUGGCAGCUUCUCCUGCCUCUGCAAACCCGGCUUCCUCCUGGCACCUGGCGGCCACUACUGCAUGGACAUUGACGAGUGCCAGACGCCCGGCAUCUGCGUGAACGGCCACUGUACCAACACUGAGGGCUCCUUCCGCUGCCAGUGCCUGGGGGGGCUGGCGGUAGGCACGGAUGGCCGUGUGUGCGUGGACACCCACGUGCGCAGCACCUGCUAUGGGGCCAUCGAGAAGGGCUCCUGUGCCCGCCCCUUCCCUGGCACCGUCACCAAGUCCGAGUGCUGCUGUGCCAACCCGGACCACGGUUUUGGGGAGCCCUGCCAGCUUUGUCCUGCCAAAAACUCCGCUGAGUUCCAGGCACUGUGCGGCAGUGGGCUUGGCAUUACCACGGAUGGUCGAGACAUCAACGAGUGUGCUCUGGAUCCUGAGGUUUGUGCCAAUGGCGUGUGCGAGAACCUUCGGGGCAGCUACCGCUGUGUCUGCAACCUGGGUUAUGAGGCAGGUGCCUCAGGCAAGGACUGCACAGACAUGGAUGAGUGUGCCCUUAACAGCCUCCUGUGUGACAACGGGUGGUGCCACAAUAGCCCUGGCAGCUACAGCUGCUCCUGCCCCCCCGGCUUCCACUUCUGGCAGGACACGGAGAUCUGCAAAGAUGUCGAUGAAUGCCUGUCCAGCCCGUGUGUGAAUGGCGUCUGUCAGAACCUGGCUGGCUCCUACACCUGCAAAUGUGGCCCUGGCAGCCAGCUGGACCCCUCUGGUACCAUCUGUCUAGACAGCACCAAGGGCACCUGCUGGCUGAAGAUCCAGGAGAGCCGCUGUGAGGUGAACCUUCAGGGAGCCAGCCUGCGGUCCGAGUGCUGCGCCACCCUCGGGGCAGCCUGGGGGAGCCCCUGCGAACGCUGCGAGAUCGACCCUGCCUGUGCCCGGGGCUUUGCCCGGAUGACAGGUGUCACCUGCGAUGAUGUGAACGAGUGUGAGUCCUUCCCGGGAGUCUGUCCCAACGGGCGUUGCAUCAACACUGCUGGGUCUUUCCGCUGUGAGUGUCCAGAGGGCCUGAUGCUGGACGCCUCAGGCCGGCUGUGCGUGGAUGUGAGAUUGGAACCAUGUUUCCUGCGAUGGGAUGAGGAUGAGUGUGGGGUCACCCUGCCUGGCAAGUACCGGAUGGACGUCUGCUGCUGCUCCCUCGGGGCCGCGUGGGGAGCCGAGUGCGAGGCCUGCCCGGAUCCCGAGUCUCUGGAGUUCGCCAGCCUGUGCCCGCGGGGGCUGGGCUUUGCCAGCCGGGACUUCCUGUCUGGCCGACCGUUCUAUAAAGAUGUGAAUGAAUGCAAGGUGUUCCCUGGCCUCUGCACGCACGGUACCUGCAGAAACACGGUGGGCAGCUUCCACUGCGCCUGUGUGGGGGGCUUUGCCCUGGAUGCCCAGGAAUGGAACUGCACAGAUAUCGACGAGUGUCGCAUCUCCCCUGACCUCUGCGGCCAGGGCACCUGUGUCAACACGCCGGGCAGCUUUGAGUGCGAGUGUUUUCCCGGCUACGAGAGUGGCUUCAUGCUGAUGAAGGACUGCAUGGACGUGGACGAGUGUGCAAGGGACCCGCUGCUCUGCCGGGGAGGCACUUGCACCAACACGGAUGGGAGCUACAAGUGCCAGUGUCCCCCUGGGCGUGAGCUGACGGCUGAGGGCACUGCCUGUGAGGACAUCGAUGAGUGCUCCCUGAGGGAUGGCCUGUGUCCCCACGGCCAGUGUGUCAAUGUCAUCGGUGCCUUCCAGUGCUCCUGCUAUGCUGGCUUCCAGGGCACACCUGACCGCCAGGGCUGCGUGGACAUCAACGAAUGCCGGGUCCAGAAUGGUGGGUGUGACGUACACUGUAUUAACACUGAGGGCAGCUACCGGUGCAGCUGUGGGCAGGGCUACUCGCUGAUGCCCGACGGAAGGGCAUGUGCAGACGUGGACGAGUGUGAAGAGAACCCCCGUGUUUGUGACCAAGGCCACUGCACCAACAUGCCAGGGGGUCACCGCUGCCUGUGCUAUGAUGGCUUCAUGGCCACGCCAGACAUGAGGACAUGUGUUGAUGUGGAUGAGUGUGACCUGAACCCUCACAUCUGCCUCCAUGGGGACUGCGAGAACACGAAGGGUUCCUUUGUCUGCCACUGUCAGCUGGGCUACAUGGUCAGGAAGGGGGCCACGGGCUGCUCUGAUGUAGAUGAAUGCGAGGUUGGAGGACACAACUGUGACAGUCACGCCUCCUGUCUCAACAUCCCGGGGAGUUUCAGCUGUAGGUGCCUGCCAGGCUGGGUGGGGGAUGGCUUCGAAUGUCACGACCUGGAUGAAUGCGUCUCCCAGGAGCACCGGUGCAGCCCAAGAGGUGACUGUCUCAAUGUCCCUGGCUCCUACCGCUGCACCUGCCGCCAGGGCUUUGCCGGGGAUGGCUUCUCCUGCGAAGACAGGGAUGAGUGUGCCGAGAACGUGGACCUCUGUGACAACGGGCAGUGCCUCAAUGCGCCCGGCGGGUACCGCUGUGAAUGUGAGAUGGGCUUUGACCCCACCGAGGACCACCGGGCCUGCCAGGAUGUGGACGAGUGUGCGCAAGGGAACCUCUGUGCGUUUGGGAGCUGUGAGAACCUGCCUGGAAUGUUCCGCUGCAUCUGCAAUGGUGGCUACGAACUGGACCGAGGGGGUGGCAACUGCACAGACAUCAACGAGUGUGCAGACCCAGUAAACUGCAUCAACGGCGUGUGCAUUAACACCCCCGGCAGCUACCUCUGCAGUUGCCCCCAGGAUUUUGAGCUGAACCCCAGCAGAGUGGGCUGCGUGGACACUCGGGCCGGGAACUGUUUCCUGGAGACGCAUGACCGAGGGGACGGUGGCAUUUCCUGCAGUGCCGAGAUCGGAGUUGGUGUCACCCGAGCUUCCUGCUGUUGCUCCCUGGGCCGGGCUUGGGGCAAUCCCUGUGAGCUGUGCCCUAUGACCAACACCACUGAGUACAGAACCCUGUGCCCGGGUGGUGAGGGAUUCCGGCCUAACCGCAUCACUGUCAUUCUGGAAGACAUCGACGAGUGCCAAGAGCUGCCAGGGCUGUGUCAGGGGGGUGACUGCGUCAACACGUUUGGCAGUUUCCAGUGUGAGUGCCCACCUGGCUACCACCUCAGUGAGCACACCCGCAUCUGUGAGGAUAUUGAUGAAUGCUCCACACACUCCGGCAUCUGUGGCCCUGGCACCUGCUACAACACCCUGGGGAACUACACCUGUGUCUGCCCUGCAGAGUACCUCCAAGUCAAUGGUGGCAACAACUGCAUGGAUAUGAGGAAGAGUGUCUGCUUCCGGCACUAUAACGGCACAUGUCAAAAUGAGCUGGCCUUCAACGUGACCCGGAAAAUGUGUUGCUGCUCCUACAACAUUGGCCAGGCCUGGAAUAGACCCUGUGAGGCCUGCCCCACUCCCACCAGUCCUGACUACCAGAUCCUGUGUGGAAAUCAGGCCCCGGGAUUCCUCAUUGACAUCCACACGGGGAAGCCCCUUGACAUUGAUGAGUGUGGGGAGAUCCCCGCCAUCUGUGCCAAUGGCAUCUGCAUAAACCAGAUCGGGAGUUUCCGCUGCGAGUGCCCCGCAGGCUUCAACUACAACAGCAUCCUGCUGGCUUGUGAAGAUGUCGAUGAGUGUGGCAGCAGGGAGAGUCCCUGCCAGCAGAAUGCCGACUGCAUCAACAUCCCCGGUAGCUACCACUGCAAGUGCACCCGAGGGUACAAACUGUCACCAGGCGGGGCUUGUGUGGGACGGAAUGAGUGUCGGGAGAUCCCGAAUGUCUGUAGCCAUGGUGACUGCAUGGACACAGAAGGCAGCUACAUGUGUCUGUGUCACCGUGGAUUCCAGGCCUCUGCAGACCAGACCCUGUGCAUGGACAUUGACGAGUGUGACCGGCAGCCUUGUGGAAAUGGGACCUGCAAGAACAUCAUUGGCUCCUACAACUGCCUCUGCUUCCCUGGCUUUGUGGUGACACACAAUGGGGAUUGUGUGGAUUUUGAUGAGUGUACUACCCUGGUGGGGCAGGUGUGCCGAUUUGGCCAUUGCCUCAACACAGCUGGUUCCUUCCACUGCCUCUGCCAGGAUGGCUUUGAGCUGACAGCUGAUGGGAAGAACUGUGUGGACACCAAUGAGUGCCUCAGCCUUGCAGGAACCUGCCUACCAGGCACUUGCCAGAACCUCGAGGGCUCCUUCCGCUGCAUCUGUCCCCCUGGCUUCCAGGUGCAGAGUGAUCACUGCAUUGAUAUCGACGAGUGCUCAGAGGAGCCCAACCUCUGCCUCUUUGGCACCUGUACCAACAGCCCUGGGAGCUUCCAGUGCCUCUGCCCACCUGGCUUUGUCCUCUCUGACAAUGGGCACCGUUGCUUUGACACACGGCAGAGUUUCUGCUUCACCCGUUUUGAGGCUGGGAAGUGCUCGGUGCCCAAAGCUUUCAACACCACCAAGACCCGCUGCUGCUGCAGUAAGAGGCCUGGGGAGGGCUGGGGAGACCCCUGCGAACUGUGUCCCCAGGAGGGCAGUGCUGCCUUUCAGGAGCUCUGCCCCUUUGGCCACGGGGCAGUCCCAGGCCCGGAUGACUCCCGAGAAGACGUGAAUGAGUGUACAGAGAACCCUGGCGUCUGCACUAACGGCAUCUGUGUCAACACCGAUGGAUCCUUCCGCUGUGAGUGUCCCUUUGGCUACAGCCUGGACUUCACUGGCAUCAACUGUGUGGACGCAGACGAGUGCUCUGUCGGCCACCCCUGUGGGCAAGGCACAUGCACCAAUGUCAUCGGGGGCUUCGAAUGUGCCUGUGCUGACGGCUUUGAGCCUGGCCUCAUGAUGACCUGCGAGGACAUCGACGAAUGCUCCCUGAACCCGCUGCUCUGUGCCUUCCGCUGCCACAAUACCGAGGGCUCCUACCUGUGCACCUGUCCAGCCGGCUACACCCUGCGGGAGGACGGGGCCAUGUGUCGAGAUGUGGACGAGUGUGCAGAUGGUCAGCAGGACUGCCACGCCCGGAGCAUGGAGUGCAAGAACCUCAUCGGUACCUUCGCGUGCGUCUGUCCCCCAGGCAUGCGGCCCCUGCCUGGCUCUGGGGAGGGCUGCACAGAUGACAAUGAAUGCCAGGCUCAGCCUGACCUCUGUGUCAAUGGCCGCUGUGUCAACACCGCGGGCAGCUUCUGGUGCGACUGUGAUGAGGGAUUCCAGCCCAGCCCCACCCUUACUGAGUGCCACGACAUCCGGCAGGGGCCCUGCUUUGCCGAGGUGCUGCAGACCACAUGCCGGUCUCUGUCCAGCAGCAGUGAGGCUGUCACCAGGGCCGAGUGCUGCUGUGGGGGUGGCCGGGGCUGGGGGCCCCGCUGCGAGCUCUGUCCCCUGCCCGGCACCUCUGCCUACAGGAAGCUGUGCCCCCAUGGCUCAGGCUACACUGCUGAGGGCCGAGAUGUAGAUGAAUGCCGUAUGCUUGCUCACCUGUGUGCUCAUGGGGAGUGCAUCAACAGCCUUGGCUCCUUCCGCUGCCACUGUCGGGCCGGGUACACACCGGAUGCUACUGCUACUACCUGCCUGGAUAUGGAUGAGUGCAGCCAGGUCCCCAAGCCAUGUACCUUCCUCUGCAAAAACACGAAGGGCAGUUUCCUGUGCAGCUGUCCCCGAGGCUACCUGCUGGAGGAGGAUGGCAGGACCUGCAAAGACCUGGACGAAUGCACCUCCCGGCAGCACAACUGUCAGUUCCUCUGUGUCAACACUGUGGGCACCUUCACCUGCCGCUGUCCGCCCGGCUUCACCCAGCGCCACCAGGCCUGCUUCGAGAUGGAGUCUUGCUCCGUCACCCAGGCUGGAAUACGGCAAUAUGAUCACAGCUCACUGAAACCUCAAAUUCCUGGGCUCAAGCAAUUCUCUCCCUUCAGCUUCCCUGGUACUUGGGACUACGGGCUCACCACAUCUGGGUUUUUUGUUUUGUUUUUUGUUUCUCAGAGAUGGAGUCUCUUAAUGACUCUAUUGCCCGGGCUGGAGUACAGUGGCUAUUCACAAAUGUGAUCACAGCACACUGAAGCCUCAAACUCCUGGUGUCAAGUGAUCCUCCCACCUCAGCCUCCUGAGAGGGCUUCAGUUUUAAGAGAGGGAUCAGGUCAAGUGUCACCAAAAGAGAACAUUUGGCUGGGCACUGUGGCUCAUGCCUGUAAUCCCAGCACUUUGGGAGGAUGGCUUAGGGCCAGGAGUUCGAGACCAGCCCAGGCAACAUGGCAAGACUCCAUCUCUACAAAAAAUACAAAAUUAGCUAGAGGUGGUGACACCUGCCUGUAGUCUUAGCUACUUAGGAGGCUGAGGUGGGAGGAUCUCUUGAACCCAGGAGGUUGAGGCUGCAGUGAGCAGUGUUCAUACCACUGCAGUCCAGCCUAGGGGACAGAGCAAGACUCUCAAAAAAAAAAAAAAAAAAAAAAAGAGAGAGAGAACAUUUGAACAAAGACUCUUGAAACAAGAGGCAUUUCUGUUUCUCUGCAACAUUAAAGUCUGUGGCCAGGCAUAAUGGCUCACACCUGUAAUCCCAGCAUUUUGGGAGGCUGAGGCAGGAGGAUUGCUUCAGCUCAGGAGUUUGAGACCAGCCUGGGCAACACAGUGAGACCCCAUCUCUAUUAAAAAAAAAAAGUAAGGUUUUCACUGGACGUGUGAGCAGCUGCAUGGACCAGGGCCGUGCAUCACAUGGGUACUAUCCGUGGAGCAAGGUCACACGUGACUGCUUCUCUCACUAGAAAUGAGUUUAAAUUCUCAGCCAGGCAGGUGGUGGUGUGAGGCUCAACUUGAUCAAAAGUCAACAAACUUUUUCUGCAAAGGGCUCAAGAGGAGUAAAUAUUUUCAGCUUUGUAGUUGAGAUGGUCUCUGUCGCCAUGAUUGGACUCUACCAUGCUAGCAUCAAAGCAGCUGGAGAGAUACGUAAAUGAAAGACCGUGUCUGUGUCCCAAUAAAACUUUAUUGAUACAACAGAUAGUGGCUUGGAUUUUGUCUCAGGGUGUUCCUGUCUGUUGAUGACUAAACUAUUAAUAGAAGAGCAAACUCACAUGACCACAGUAGGCCAGCCUGACACUUGGUUUGCUUUGCUAGAUGUAAAGGAAAGAAAUCGUGGGUGGUGGCAGACAUUUCUGUUUUUAAUUUUUGAGAUGGAGUCUUGCUCUGUCGCCCAGGCUGGAGAUUGCAAUGGUGCAAUCUCAGCUCACUGCAAUCUCACCUCCCAGGUUCAAGCGAUCCUCCUGCCUCAGCUUCCCAAGUAGCUAGGACUACAGGUGUGUGCCACCACGCCCGGCUAAUUUUUGUAUUUUUUGUAGAGAUGGGGUUUUGCCAUGUUGCCCAGGCUGGUCUUAAACUCCUGGGCUCAAGCAAUCUGCCCAUCUCGGCCUUCCAAAGUGCCGGGAUUGCAGGCCACGGUGCCUGGCUGUGCCAGACAUUUCUUCUGGCCAGAGUCUAGAGCUAUUCUCUGUGGCCCCUCAAGUGACAGCUCAGGCAGCUGCAGGGGCCACUCCUACUUAGAAGCUGCAUAUUCCCAUGUCUGUUGUUUCCAAGAGAUAUUCACUUUUUGUUUGCUCAUUUUUGUUUUUUGAGACAGAGUCUCACUCUGUCGCCCAGGCUGGAGUGCAGGGGCGUGAUCGUGGCUCACUGCAACCUCUGCUUCCUGGGUUCAAACGAUUCUCCCACCUCAGCCUCCCAAGUAGCUGGGAUUACAGGCAUGCAGCACCACAUCCAGCUAAUUUUUGUAUUUUUAGUAGAGACGGGGUUUCACUAUGCUGGUCAGGCUGGUCUCGAACUCCCAGCCUCAGGUGAUCUGCCCGCCUCGGCCUCCCAAAGUGCUGGGAUUACAGGCAUAAGCCACUGUGCCCGACCCCAAGAGAGACUCUACAUCUCCAUAGAUAUGUGCUUAGUGUCAAGAAUCUCUGUACUCAAGGAAGCUAAAAGCAGGAUUUUCCACCAGGAAUUUGCUGUUAAUUCCUCAAAAUCCCAGUUCAAAUGCAAUAUACCAGCCAUGGGCUCCUACCAUUGUAGCAAUGCUCUCUGGCCAUUUCUACCAAUGCCCUCCUACCAUCGUAGCAACCUGGCCAUUUUAGCCAGCUCAGGCUGCCGUAACAAAAUGCCAUAGACUGCAAGUGUGGGAUUUAGCAAAUUCAGAUCCAAAAACUGGGCCGGGCGCAGUGGUUUGCACCUGUAAUCCCAGCACUUUGGGAGGCUGAGUUGGGAGGAUCUCUUGUGUCCGGGAGUUUGCGACCAGCCUGGGCAACAUAGUGGACAAUGCAGUCCCCACUAAAAAUACAAAAAUUAGCCAGGCAUGGUCUUGUGCACCUGUAGUCACAGCUACCCAGGAGCCUAAGGUAGGAGGCUCACCUGAGCCCAGGAGGCGGAGGUUGCAGUGAGCUGAGACUGUGCCACUUCACUCCAGCCCAGGGGACAGAAUGAGAUCCUAUCUAAAAAAACCAAAAUUA